AUGUUCCGGCCGCACUACGUGCACCAGCUCGCGCACACGCUCCUGCCCAGCAGAGACGUGGACUGCAAGGUCCACGAGGAGCGUCUUAAUCCACCUUCAGCUAUUCAGGUGUGGGAGCACACUCAGCUAAUUGGCUGCCAGGAGGCUGCAGAACAGCAAUACCAUUGGACCAACAGGAGAUUGCCACACCAAUCAGAUGACGAUGAGGUCCACCUGCACCCUAUAAAAGGCUCCUGGAAUCAUUCCUUCAAGGGGGCAGCUUUAGGCAGAGAUACGUCAGUCGCAGUGUUCACAGUUCAACUUGGUGAACCUGCAACUUUCACAUGUCGUCUGCCUGAAGAUCAAGACAGCAGAGUUAAAAUUCACUGGUACAAGCAAAAUGCUGGGGAUACUUUGAAGAUAAUUGUGUCACUGUGGAAACUGUCAAAACCUAAAUAUGGACCAGAAUAUUCUGCAUCAAGACUGAAUGUGACGCUUGAGGAAAAAUUCAGCAAUCUGACAAUUGUAAGAACUGUUCAAGAAGAUGAAGGGAUGUAUCACUGUGCUUUCAAUGACUGGAGCAAGAAUAUCUGGCAUAGCAUGUACUUGUCAUUAAAAGGACUCACUGAGAGGACAUCAAACUACACUGUUGUCCAACAGACAGCAGCAUCAGAUCCAGACGGUCCAGGAGGCUCAGCCACUCUACAGUGUUCACUUCUUUCUGGUUCCAAAAUGAAGACGUGCUCAGGAGGUCUCAGAGUGUUCUGGUUCAGAGCCAGAUCAGAGAAGUCUUAUCCAGACAUGAUCUAUACUGAAGGAAAACGACACGAUGAAUGUAAGAAGAAACCUGACUCCCAGAACAGAUGUGUGUUCUUUAAGAACAUCAGCUCCACUGAUGCUGGGACUUUCCACUGUGCUGUGGCCACAUGUGGACAGAUAUUGUUUGGAAAUGAACUGAAAGUUCAAGGUAAUCUGAUUGUGUAA